AUGAGAGCGGGCACCGACCGUGGGAUUCGAAGAGUACAAAUCUCUACAUCUCAGAACUGGUCGGCAGACAUCCCGUCGCAGGUGCCACCCCUGACGCCGGGCACCAAUAAGAAGAUGGCCGAGGCGCUGAAGGCUACCUUCGCCUCCUGGGAGAAGGAGCAACUGCGCCUCGGGGUACCCAAAGAUCCUCGCCAAUGGAGCGAGGCGGCGGUGGCGGCGUGGCUGCGUUGGGCGGCGCGAGAGUUCUCCUUGGAGGGCGUCGCGUUGCAGCAGUUUGCGCGCGCGCAGGGCAAAGACAUCUGCGCCAUGGGCAGAGAGGAAUUCGUGGCUCGAGCGCCGGCCUUCAUGGGAGACAUCCUGUGGGAACACUUAGAAAUACUUCAAAAAGACGUGGAGAAGGAGCGGUCGCUGCUAGCCAACGUGCCGCCCAACAUGUACGAGAGCAACGUGUGCCUGCCCGAGCUGCCCGACUACGUGCCGCCUCCUGCCCAUCACUACAACAACAAUAACAACACCGCAAGGCCGGCGGCCGAGAAGGCAAGAAGGGCAACUCAAGGGUUGGCUGACGAAAAGAGCAAGGGUGCUGCGUGUAUUGAUAGUGCUCACCGGCAGGAGCCCUUCAAUGAGCUCUUAACGAGAGCCCUCUCGAAGCGAGAUUCCUUUUUCAGCCGUCUUCGUCCGCUAGACAAUGGCGUUCCAUAUCCGGUAGCAGUCGGCAGCACACGUGCUCAGGUGGGCAUUAUCCCGAGCUCCCUUGUCCCCGCUUUUGUGACCUUAGAGACCCACCCCUGCAAAAAAUCAACGGUCGUGCAACAGUUGGUCUCCGUAGCAGGUGGCGUGACAGGUCGCCACUCGGGACGCACACUUGCAGCCGCUCGGGCGAACUCGGCCGACUCUUCGGGUGGCACAAUACGCGGCCGCCCUCUCUAG